UCUCAAGUAUCUGCGCAGAGAAAGCAAUGUCCCCCUCUCCUCACGCCGCAACUGAUACGCGAGAGGGAGACUGAUGAUUGGACGUCCAGUGCUUAUCUUUAUAACCCUCCCCAGCAGACAUGCGAGUUGCGUGUCUGUGGCUGUCUCUCACCUAUUUGGUCACCAGCCUCGACGGGUUGGGGGCACGGGAAUACAACAACUCAACCAUUUUCGGUGGGGGUCUAUUUGUGGAUGCAGAAGGGCUGCUGAACCUGUCAGCUCCGUAUACGCCCAACCGGACAAAUGCCUUCUCGCUUGACCUGGACGACGGCACGCUCGCGGACUGGCGCUCCAUGGCAGUUAAGAAUUGCUACGGUGGAGAGUCCCAUAACCGGACCGUGAAAUCCCUACUGGUCCUGGCUUACUCGUUCAUCAUUGUCAUCUCGCUGUUCGGAAACACGCUGGUGUGCCAUGUGGUGAUCAAGAACAAGCGGAUGCACUCCGCCACGAGUCUGUUCAUCAUUAACCUCGCAGUGGCAGACAUUCUUAUAACGCUGCUCAACAUGCCCUUUACUUUGGUCCGUUUUGUGAAUAGCAGCUGGUGGUUCGGGAAGAGAAUGUGCCACAUCAGCCGGUUCGUCCAGUAUUGCUCCCUGCACGUAUCCACACUCACGCUCACGGCAAUCGCACUGGACAGACGCCAGGUCAUUCUCCACCCUCUGAGGCCCCGCAUGUCCCCGGCUCGCGGUGUUGUGUGUGUGAUUCUUAUCUGGGUCAUGGCCAGCUGCUUCUCCUUGCCUCAUGCCAUCUACCAGGAGCUCCUAACCUUCGUGUACAGUAAGGAGAAGGUGCGCAGCCUUUGUGUCCCCGACUUCCCCGAGCCCUCUGACAUCUAUUGGCAGUGCAUUGACCUCCUCACCUUCAUCCUCCUCUACGUCCUACCCCUCCUCAUCAUCACCGCCGCCUACUCAACCGUGGCACGCCGCCUGUGGCGCCGUAAUGCUAUCGGGGACACCACCACUGCGCAGUUCGCUGUGCAGCGGCGGAAGCGGCGGCGCACCCUGGCUAUGUUGUUGGUGGUUGUUGGGGUGUUCGCGGUAUGCUGGUUCCCUCUGAACUGCUACGUGGUGCUUCUCUCCAGCCAGGCCAUUCAGUCAUCCAAUGCCUUGUAUUUCUGUUUUCAUUGGCUGGCGAUGAGCUCGACGUGUUACAAUCCCUUCAUCUACUGUUGUCUGAACCCCGCCUUCCGCCAGGAGCUAAGGCUACUGUUGGGCAUGUGCAGGAGGAGGGGAUGUGGAGGGGUGGGGCCGGUGCUGGUGGCUCCACCCUCCUGCGCACUCUGCCACAGAGCCGCCUGGCCAGAGAGCCGCACCUGUUCUCGGCCGAGUCAUGUCUCUUCACACCCGAGCCGCGCCUCCUCUCGGCCAAGCCACUUCUCGUCAUCUCACCAGCUUCCUAAAGACAGGCAUGUCCUUUUCUCUGCUAGACAUGCCAAUAAAACAGACAUCCUAUCAGUGGAGCCUAUAGUAGCUGUCAGUUAACUACCAGACUGCACUUGGGUUGGUAUUGCGUGAAUUUAAUUAUUAUAAUUUUUUUUUUACCUUUAACCAGGCAAGUCAGUUAAGAACAAAUUCUUAUUUUCAAUGACGGCCUGGGAACAGUGGGUUCAGGGGCAGAACGACAGAUUUGUACCUUGUCAGCUCGGGGGUUUGAACUCGCAACCUUCCGGUUACUAGUCCAACGCUCUAACCACUAGGCUACCCUGCCGCCCAAAUGAUUGAGUUUAUUUGACAAUUAAAGACAUGUAAAGUUACUGCAUUUGGUGUUGAGUCCUGUUGAAGGACUACGUUAUUAGCUAAAGACAGUUGGGGCUCUAGAACAGGAAAUGUAUUAUCUUUUAACUUUCAUGACAGCGCCACCUUCGGGAAGAAAGGUUUCACAUUGAUGGGAACAGGGUGUGGUGAGGUCUGGCAACAAAUGCAACACCCAAACGAACAACUACUCUGUUAGCACAUAUUGUGUACACUGAGUGUACAAAAUAUUAAGGACACUUUCCUAAUAUUGAGUUGCACCCCCCCCCCCCCUCCCUUUUGCCCUCAGAACAGCCUCAAUUUGUCAGGGCAUGGACUCUACAAGGUGUCGAAAGCGUUCCACAGGGAUACUUGCCCGUGUUGACUUCAAUACUUCCCACAGUUGUGUCAAGUAAGCUGUCAAGUUGGCUGUAUAUCCUUUCGGUGGUGGAACAUUCUUGACACAGGUGGGAAACUGUUGAGCAUGAAAAACCCAGCAUCAUUGCAGUUCUUCAUACAAACCUGAGUGUCUGCUAACUACUACCGUACCCAGUUCAAAGGCACUUGUCUUUUGUCUUGCCCAUAUACCCUCCGAAUGGCACACAUACACAAUCCAUGUCUCAAUUGUCUCAAGGCAUAAAAAUCCAUCUUUAACCUGUCUCCUCCCCUUCAUCUACACCGAUUGAAGUGGAUUUAACAAGUGACAUCAACAAGGGAUCAUAGCUUUCCCCUGGAUUCACCUGGUCAGUCUAUGCCAUGGAAAGAGCAGGUGUCCUUAAUGUUUUGUACACUCAGUGUAUAUUAGCAGAACAGUAUUGUCACGGCAUAGACAGUUCUGCUUUUCCUCGGGACCGCGUUGCACCACAUCUGUUGUAGUUUUUUUUGUAAAUCUGCCUCUUCUUCUAUUUCUUUUUGUUCUGUCUCUGGCUCGUUCUUCUGUCUCGCUUUUUGAAAUAAUUCACAGAGAAUUAUAUCAAUCAUUGGACUUCAAAAGGCAGAGACAGCACCUUGAAGUUUUUCCGUUUCAACAGUUGCGGUUUAUUCCAUACUCCAUUCCUACUCCAUUCCUACAAAAAGUCAUAAUGUCUUCAUUCCCACUGAUUGACCAUGUCUCGCCCACUGGACACAAUUUCUUAGGUGUUGAGGAUCCCUGACAUCUUUUUAAUGAAGAUAGAACUUUCUAACCCGUGGGAAAUCUUGACUGUGAGCUCAAUAUUCUGCUCCCCGAGUUUCACCGCUGCUGCCGGGGAGUUGCAGGAAGGAGAGGGGCUGAUGGAGCUAGAGUUUGAAGGAACAAUCUGUAACUUUCAGAAGAAUGUGCUAUCCCUGCACUCUUGUAUACAUACUGUGGCGGUGGGUCUCGCUUGGCAAAUGUAACCGAAGGUUACACACAGAAUUGAAGUAACUCUGUAGCAGGUUCUGUACAUUUGCCAAGAUCCACUCCUAAAGUUUACUACGAACAAGUGUAGGGGAAACACUUUUAACCUCUGACUGUAAAUGAAAGUAGCAGAUCGGACCUUUAACAACUGAUUUAGUUCAGGUCCAUGGGAAAGAAGAAUGUUAUGGAGGUGGGGUGAAGAUUAUUUUGCUCCAGAUGUUUCCUCCCUACAUCUGCUGGCAGUCCCUGUGUAAGAUACAUGUUGAAACAUGGACAGCUGAUUGCACAUGUGGUGGUAGCUAUUAGAGAUAUUCUCUUGUACCUUUGUGGCUCCCGAAAAUGUGAACCACGUCAUUGCGGUCUCUCGCUCUGCUGUGUGUGAUUUCUGCUAGCUGUCACUCAAAUGGCGAGGGGCUGAAGCUCAUUGGCCAAAACUCUAAUUGCUAGGGGGCUGGCUCACCUGGGGGUAAAUGUAAGGAAAAUGCCACUACACAGCUUCCUGAAAACAGUCCCUUUCAACCUAGGGAUUUUGUGGCUAAUUGACAUAAAUAAUCUAUGAGCAGAAUUGAUAUUUUAUGUACUGUAUGUAUACAUAUUGACACAUCCAGCCCAAAGUGGGAGGUUAAAAAAAGACUACAAAUACUAGUUGCCAAAGUACCAAAGCAUAAAUAUGCAUUCAGUUGGAUAAAUAAAUGAAAGUUACAGACCAAACCUUUUAAUAACUGAUUGAGUUCAGGACUGUGCAAAAUAAGAAAGUGGUACACUAUACUUGACAGAAGGAACCCUAUAGGCCUGGUCGAAAAUAGGGCACUAAGGGGGAAUAGGGUGCCAUUUGGGACCCUUCCUAUAAACGAGAAGGCUACUGCUUGAAUGCUUCGUUAUACAUUAGCUUGUUGGAAAUUAGGCACUCAGUAACCUUGUCCGCAGGCACAAUUACAGAGGGAGCCGGCUGGUGGACAAGAUGCGGCCCUCAGAGUCAAAGGGUUCUGUGAUGCGGUUGGUGGUACUGUUAACCAGACCGUGGAUACAAUUGUAUUUGUUUUCUUUAAAACACUUUAUAUCCAUUUCAUUUAGCUGACCAAGAGUGCCAGGUGGGUGGGGUUUGCACUUUUGGGACUAUUCUGUUGUAGGGCAAGCUAAAAAUCAAGCGCACUUAAAGUAUGUGAAAUAAAACAAGUUCCUCUUUCACCAAGACCUGAUGGUGAUUUGAACAUGUCUGUGUUAAUGUUUUGUUCUUAAUUCAUUUGAAUGGUGAGCAGACCAGUGGUGAAGAGUGUGAGUGUCUGUGACACGAUGCUCACGUGUACAGACGACAAUGAUGGUUUAAACCUGACAUUUCAACAUGCUUGUGUUGAUGUUUGGUUUCAUUAAAGUUGUUCUUGUUUUGAAUGUUGAUGCCAGGGUAUGAUGUUAGAUGGUGGUAACAGCAGGCAUGAGCAUCUGUAAUAUUAUGGUUUUGUGAUGUAAAUGUGACGUGGGAUCUUAAUUGUGAAUUCUCCCUCUCUCUAUCUGUGCUUUCUGAGAUCCAUUGCCUUAACUCAUAGUGCACAUAAACUCAGCAAAAAAAGAAAUGUACUCUCACUGUCAACUGUGUUUAUUUUCAGCAAACUUAACAUGUGUAAAUAUGUGUAUGAACAUAACAAGAUUAAACAACUGAGACAUAAACUGAACAAGUUCCACAGACAUGUGACUAACAGAAAUGGAAUAAUGUAUCCCUGAACAAAGGGGAGGUCAGUAUCUGGUGUGGCCACCAGCUGCAUGAAGUACUGCAGCGCAUCUCCUCCUCAUGGACUGCACCAGAUUUGCCAGGUCUUGCUGUGAGAUGUUACCCCACUCUUCCACCAAGGCACCUGCAAGUUCCCGGACAUUUCUGGGGGGAAUGGCCCUAGCCCUCACCCUCUGAUCCAACAGGUCCCAGACGUGCUCAAUGGGAUUGAAAGCCAGGCUCUUCGCUGGCCAUGGCAGAACACUGACAUUCCUGUCUUGCAGGAAAUUACGCACAGAACGAGCAGCAUGGCUGUUGGCGUUGUCAUGCUGGAGGGUCAUGUCAGGAUGAGCCUGCAGGAAGGGUACCACAUGAGGGAGGAGGAUGUCUUCCCUAUAAUGCAAAGCAUUGAGAUUGCCUGCAAUGACAACUAGCUUAGUCCGAUGAUACUAUGACACACCGCCCCAGACCAUGACGGACCCUCCACCUCCAAAUCGAUCCCGCUCCAGAUUACAAGCCUCGGUGUUAGGCUCAUUCCUUUGACAAUAAACGUGAAUCCGACCAUCACCCAUGGUGAGACAAAACCGCGACUCGUCAGUGAAGAGCACUUUUGCCAGUCCUGUCUGGUCCAGCGACGGUGGGUUUGUGCCCAUUGGCAACGUUGAUGCUGGUGAUGUCUGGUGAGGACCUUCCUUACAACAGGCCUAUUAGCCCUCAGUCCAGCUUCUCUCAGCCUAUUGCGGAUAGUCAGCACUGAUGGAGGGAUUGUGCGUUCCUGAUGUAACUCGGGCAGUUGUUGUUGCCAUCCUGUACCUGUCCUGCAGGUGUGAUGUCCGGAUGUACCGAUCUUGUGCGGGUGUUGUUACGCAUGGUCUGCCACUGCGAGGAUGGUCUGCCACUAUCCAUCCUGUCUCCCUGUAGCGCUGUCUUAAGCGUCUCACUGCACGGACAUUGCAAUUUAUUGUCCUGGACAAAUCUGCAGUCCUCAUGCCUCCUUGCAGCAUGCCUAAGGCACGUUCACGCAGAUGAGUAGGGACCCUGGGCAUCUUUCUUUUGGUGUUUUUCCAGAGUCAGUAGAAAGGCCUCUUUAGUGUCCUAAGUUUCCAUAACUGUGACCUUAAUUGCCUACCGUCUGUAAGCUGUUAGUGUCUUAAUGACCGUUCUACAGGUGCAUGUUCAUGAAUUGUUUAUGGUUCAAUGGGAAAGCAUGGUAAACCGUGUUUAAACCCUUUACAGUGAAGUUUUGGGAUUUUUACAAAUUUGCUUAGAAAGACAGGGUCCUGAGAAAGAGAUGUUUCUUUUUGAUGUAUACAUUCCUUUCUCAUAACACUACACUUUCCUUUUGAGAUAUUUAUCAAUUUGUUAAUGAAUUAUGAUUAUCCACCAAUGAUUGUGUUAUAGAUGUCUGUGUUUGUAAUAUUACAUCUAAGUGACUCAGAGUGUAAAAUGUAUAUUUUUUGCUUUACAUGGUCAGCCCUGCACCAGCCAGAUUGUGUGUGUGUGUGUGUGUGUGUGUGUGCUGAUGUUUGCAUGUGUGGGUCGGUAUUGCCAAAGGGCUUGAAUAAAGUUUCUGUUCUGGUCUAGCUCUUUAGUAGUGGAUUAUGAGGCCGAGCAAUUGGUCAAUAUGUUCAUUAUCCAACCCCCUUGUUGGUUUGAACUUUUUCUCUUUACAAAAGCCAUUAAAGUAUGCCAUGUGACAA